AUGUUCUUUAAAAAGGGUCAACCAUCCCCCACACAUGGCUCUCCUGAAAGGGAAGGGUAUAGAAAAAGCACGUGUUCACAGACAGUUUGGAGCAAGCAGCAAAGCCCGGGUGGAUUGCAGCUGGUCGCAUCCUGGUCUGGGAAGCACCACAGAAUGGGGGAGGGUGAAGAUGGUAGUCCGUGCCAAAUAUUUCUCGAGAAGCCACAGUUACAGGUUUCACAAGUUUUCUUCAAAGAACGCACCUGUAAGAAAGAGGUGUAUAAGAAGAGUGGUAAAUGCAAUGACAUUUAUCUCUUUCCUCUGCCAAGGUAUUAA